UACUCGAUUUGACAGUUGUGUCUCAAGGAAGCUUAAAAAUUCACACAAGAUAACUAACUACAUGUUUGGAGGGAACAACUCUUGUGCUUUUCCCCAGUUAGUGCAGGGCGUUUGUCCUACGUUUUUAAUAUAUUCAUAGCCGAGUAAUGGAUGAAGAUGAACGCCGGAGAAAAGUAGAGGCUGGGAGAGCUAAGAAAUCCUCCAACGUGCCACAGUGCCAGUCGUUUGCUAGCUUCCGACAGAGGCGGGCGAAAAGCAACGGUGCGGGGGCGCCGAAAAAGACGGCGAAGAGGAAGGGCCAGGCUGUCUCGCAGAAUGACUGUGCGACGCAAGACCCCCGCAUAGAGCCCACGCCGUCUUUGCCGGCCAGUGGUAAAGAGCCGGAUGGGAACUCCACACAUGAGGAGGUGCAGCCGAAGGAUGAGCAUCUCACGACGGAGCCUCUCCUCUCCUUUGUCAAACUGGGAGACGAGGAGCUGGUUGCCCUCACAAGUAAUGAGCAGCUACAGCAGUUGAAGCAGGCUGUGGAAAAGCGCAACGAGAUAAUUGCCAAACUCAGCUCCAACCUGCAGGAGGCCCGAACUGAUAGAGAUGAGGUCCAACUGAAAGUGCAGUCACUCACUGGUGAGAUCCAAGCACUGCAGAAACAGCUCCAGCAGACGAGUGUGGACUUUCUUCGCCUUAAAAAUCAGUCUGGAGCAGAAGCUCCUCACGUUGUGCAACAGCAGCAGCAUCAUGGCUCCCACAGUGAAGACCUCAGUGUCGAGGAUCUCUCCAUGGAGCAGCCGGGAUCUGCAGGCCUUGGCUCCCAAGCGAGCGUGGAAGGCUUGGGCCCAGACAGCGAGACGGAGACGGACAAUGUCCUGCACGAGCUGAGGGCCAAGCUGCAAGAGGAAAAGGAGAACAGCCUUCGCAUAUGUGCCGAACUGGAGCAGGAGAGGGAGAAUCACCAACAUGUGCUUUCUUUACUGGAGGAACAAAAGCAAGGCUGGGAAGAGGAGCGGAACAAGAGGGAGGUGCUGCUGCAGGAACUGCAAACCCAGCUGAGCAAAGUCCAACAUCACUGCACUGAGCUACAGCAGGUCAAAGAGGAGAAGGAGAUGCUCAACAGAGAAAUGCUGGAGCUGAGGAGCAGACUUGAGGAGAUGGAGGCAGAGAGAAGAGAGGGCGAGGAAGAAACCAAAUUCACCCUCCGUCUCCAGAGCAUCGAGGAUGAACGACUUAGACAGGAGGAGGAAAUGAGGAGGGUGAAGGAGGAGUACAAAGAGGAGCUUGAGAGAGUCGGCCAACAGUUGGAAGAGAGCGUCAAAGAACUUCAACUCAAAGAGGAGGAGGUCAGGGGACUUAAAGCUUCUAAAGAUCUUCAGAACCAAACAAAAACUGCGUGCUGCGUUGAGAUGAGCAGCGCUGAUGAAACCAGUGUGGACACAAUGAAUGUAUCGGCACCUGUGGACCUUCUGAUGGAGCGCUACUUGUCUUCUUCCUUUGCAGAGUCUUCACUGGUUCAUGAACAUGUUGAGCCUUGUAGUCAGCUGGACAUGUCUGCAGACCAAAGCUUUGAGCUCAAUAGCCAACUGUUUGCCGACCAACCUCUGCUCUCCAUUUCCAACUGUGCCCCAAGAGAGAACUCGGACAUCUACAACAGCUCCCCUUGCCUUUCACUGGCUGACAAUUCAAACGGCCGAUGGCUGAACGACUCCACUUCUGGUCCGAUGAACGGCGUCUCUGAGCAGCUUUUCAAUGGGAUGGCCCGAGAAAAAGAGCUGUUGAAUCAGCAGUGUGGAGAGCUCCAUCAGGAACUGGCAAUGAAGGACCACGACUUGAAUAUGUUGAGACUGGAAGUCAUCAAGAUGGCUGAAGAGCUGGAAGAGGCUCGGAGCAGGUGGGCUCAGGUAACAAAGGAGCUCAUGGAAGCUCUCAGGAAGCUCGAUGAGGAGAAGGAAAGGAGAUUUGCUGAGGAGGAGAUGAACUCAAAAACUCUGGAACAAGACAGCCUUAUGAACAAACUUGGUGCCUUUUUGGAGGAAAAGGAGGCAGACAUUUCUCUUGAAGCUUCCCUGCUUGCACCUUUCGCAGAGGAGGAUAAACGCACCGAGGAGCUAAAGAAGGAUCAGGAGAGUUUCCCGUCACAUCAAAACCAGCAGGAGGUGCGGGAAACGUUACUGCAGGAGAUUACACAGACCGCAGAGGUUAUUUCACAAGAUGACAACCGGCUACAAACACUGCAGGCCAAUUAUGAUGAUCUCAUACUUGAACUAGAAGAGACCAAAAGAAGGCAUCAAACCACAGCCACCCUACUUGACAAAAGGACCGUGGAGAUGGACUCAACUGUAGAAGACCUCCAAAUCACACGUGCUCGGCUACUAACCGUCCAAAUGGAGGUGGAGAGUCUGCAGGAAGACCUGGAGAAGAGGCAGAGCAGUUUGCAAAGUGCAGAGAAACUAAGGAGUGAACUGGAAGCUGAGAUUGUGUGCCUGAGGCAAAACCUGCGCAGCCUGGAGGACGCUCAGCACCUGGCCGUGCAGGAAAGGGAAAGGAGUUUAAGAAAAGAAGAAGAGAUGGGUGAACAAGUCAGGAAGAUGGAACAGGUCCUCCAGGAGGAAUUUGAACAGUUUGAGACCAGGCUUCAAGCCAAGGAUGUUGAGCUGGCCAAAGAGAGGGAGAAAUGGGAGGAGGAGAUGCAGGAGAAAGACAAAGAACUUGGAGAUGUAAGGGAAAUACUAGAGGAGUUGAGGAUGGAGAGAGAGGAAGAGGUGAAGGCUCUGAUGGACAGGCAGGUCUUUGCUGUGGAGGAGGCUACAGAGAGGCUCAGGGCAUGUCACCAGGAAGAGAUGGACCACCUGAUGGAUGAACAUCAUAAAGAGAUUUCAGAGUUGAACACUCGCAUGGAGGCUGAGCUACUGGAGCAAAAGGCUGCCAUGGAGCAAGAACAGAAGCGACAGAUCAGUCUUAUUAAAGAGGUGACUGAACGGGAACAUGAGCGGACGCUGUCAGAGCUCAACGCCCAACACACUGAGGAGUUGAGCCGGCUGAAGACUGAAGUCUCCUUAGAACUGAGGGAGAGUCUGGAGGCUGCACAUCAGGCUGAACUGGAGCAGGCAGAGGCACAGAAGAGCCUUGAGCUUGAAGCUUUGCGCUUGAGCCUGACCAACGUCCACAUGUCCCAGCUGGAGGUCUCCCAGGAGUCGGCUGUCAGCAAGGCUCAGGCCUUUUUGAGGGAGAAUUUCACCCAGGAGAUGGAACUCCUGCAGGCCCAGCACCAGUUAGACCUGGAGCGGAUCAGAGAGCAGAACCAGGCUCAGCAGGACAGCCUACGCGAGUUGUAUCAGCGGGACAUGGGGGAUUUGAAGCAGCAGUUUGCUGAGGAGAAAGGUUCCAUGGAGGAGAAGCAGACCAAAGAGAUACAGACUCUGAGGUCAGACUGGCUAAUUGAAGCUGAGAGCACCCAAUCGACACUCCAGAACAGCCUUACAAGCACCCAAACAGAACUUGCCAAAACACAUGAGGCCUUCAAAGAAACCAAAAAAGCUUUAAUCGAAGCACAGGAAUCUUUGGCACAGACUCAGACAGAGCUACAGGAGUCAAAGGCCCAACUGGAGGGCUUUGAGACCACCAAUCAGGAGCAGAAGCGGAACCUGGAGGAGGAGCUGAAACAGGCCUGGGCCGACAGAGAUGCCGCUGCCCGUUCUCUGGAAGAGUUGGUUUCCAGCCACAAGGCAUUGCUUCAGGAAAAGGAGCAACAAGUGCGCCACCUAGAGGACAAAGAGCGGCACCUGCAGCAAGAGCAGGUGUUGCGGCUGCAGGAGGAGAAAGACCUGCUGAAAAAGGGCUCGGAGCAGGAAGUAGGUCAGUUGUGGACCCAGCUGGAGAGCAUGAGGGCCAGUCGGCAAGAGUUGGGAGAGCUGAAGGAGCAGCUGUUGGCUCGCUCCUCCCGCGUCGAUGACAUUGAGCGCCUCAAAGCAGAAUUUAAUGAACAAAAACGUGAAAUCAAAGAGCAGAACGAGGCCGAGCUGGAGAGCCUAAGGAGGUACUUUGAGCAGCGUUUGCGCGUGUCGGAGGAGAGCUACCGAGAGGAAAUUGCUCUGCUCCAGCUGAGACUGGUGGAAGGCACUUUGGAGGACUCUGUGCUUAAAACUGCCGACAGCAGUUUUGCAUGCCAAGGUCCGGCUGAGGAAAAAGAUGGCGAGCAAUGUGACACCAGCCUCAAACUGGAGAAACACAAGGAAGUGCUUGACAGUAGUCUACACAAUCACCUGGAAGAGAAGCACACACUGCAAUUGUCCUUUAAGGAAGAACUGCGGCAGGCACGUUCUGACCUCACAGACCUCUACUAUGGUGAGCUGCAGGAGAUGAAAACUCGUCAUACCUCGGAGCAGGAACAACUUCGGGCCAAGCUGUCUGACCGUCACUUGCAAGAGGUCACUCGCAUCCAGUUGGAGGCUGCACGACAAGUAGAGGUGGAGGUUGAGCAGAGGUUGUGGUGUUACACUGAGGAGCUGCACACCAGUACGACCCUCAUUCAUACCUUGUAUAACACAGUUGUCAACAUGGAGAAACAACACAAUGCAGAGCUGCAGAAGUUGAAACAGGAGUUUGAGGAGGAACGCUCUCGCCACAAGGAUGCACUGAUGCAAGAGAAGGAACAUGCGCAGGAGGAAAUAAGGAGCAAAAGAGAUGAGCUCCAAGAGAAGCAUGAAGCCUUGAGGAUUAACCUCAUAAGACAGAUGGAGGAGGAGACUGCCUGCUUGGAAAAAGCUCUCUUGGAGGAGAAGGACAAGUUAAACUCUACCCCCCCAAAACUCAACAACAGUGAGAAUCCACAGGCCCUCAAAGCCAAGCAUGAUGUGGAGCUCCAACAUGAGAAGAACAGCAUGGCCAAGGAGAUGAAAGAGCUCACCGUUUUGCUCCAGCAGCAGGCUGAGGAGCGACUUAAACAAGCCCAAGAGAGAUUUGAGGAGGAAAAGGCCAUGUUAGAACAGUGUUUCUCACAGAAAAUUGAAAUCUCUCUGGCGGAGCUGAGGAACAAACAUCAAACUGAGCUGGAACACGAGAGAGUGGCCCUACUGAGCAAACACUCCCAAGAAAUGGACUCCCUUAAUGUCAGACACAAAGCACAACUGGACUCUCUCGGUGCCAGUCACAGAGAUCAACUCGUAGCUAUGAAUGGAGAGCUCCAGUCCAAGCACAAUGCCCAGCUUGUUGCCUUGGAAGCGUCCCUCAAUUCCAAACGCAAGGAAGACCUCCACGGCCUAGAGGCCAUGUUUCGAGAAACCAGCCAGGCCCAGCUUGAGGCUCAAGAAGCUGAGUUGGCACGGAAACACCAGGAGGAGAAGGACGAAAUUGAAAAGAGGAUGUUUGCUAAUAUGGACACGUUGGAGACCACAUACUUGAAGGAAGUGCAAACACUUCGUGAUGAGAUGGUGCAGCUCGAGAAGCGGCACCACCAAGCGCUUACCAGUCAACAGGUGGCGAUGAUGGAGUGUCACGUUGCAGAGCAGGAGUCCAACAGAGAGAAGCUGCGGAAGGAGCUCACUCAGAUGCACAUGGACAAGUUUAGGGCCAUGGCUGCUGAGCUCAGCCAAGUACACCAGGCUGAACUGUCUGCUCAAAAAGAGUCACUUGAUGCUGAACACUGCAAAGCUCUGGGUGAACUUAAGGCACAGGUUCUAGAGCUGGAGCAGCAGCACAGUGCUGCUCUUCAAGAGAUAAUGCAGACGUACGCCGCUGAGAAAGAACAACUCUCCCAACAGCACCAACUCCAGCUACAGGAGCUGAAGAGCAUCUCAGCCCGGGAAUUGGAGGCAUGUCGCAGGGAGCUGGAAGAGGGGUCGUCAAGGCAACGGCAGCACUUUCUGGAGGAGGCGGAGCUCCUCAAAGUCCAAUCGGGGGACAGGAUUAAUCAGAUGAAGGCUGAUUUCCAGCAGCAGAAAGAGGCAGAGCUUGAGGACCUGAGGCGGGCCUUCGCAUCUGAACACGAAGAAAAGGAGCGCAACUACACAAGUAAAAUGAGCCAGCUCACUGCCCAACUGCAGCAACUAGACGCUGUAGUUGCCCAGUUGCGCGCGGAGGUCGGCUGUCUGCAGGGAGAGCUAGAGGGGAAGCGUGCAGAGAUGGACACCCUGGACGCCCACCUCCAAAGACGGGAACGCGAGAGCCAAGAGGGAGGCAACCUUCUAAAAUUGCUCACUGGUGACCUGCAGUCUGCGAAAGAAGAGAGACACAAACUGCUCCAGGCCAAUGACAAGCUAAAGAAGGUCCUAAUGGAGAUGCUUCGCAGCACUAUUGCUACCGAAGAGUUGAUUGGGCAGAAGCUCAGUGCCAGAUCUAACACGUCUGCACAAUCUGUCCAUCAGAUGAGCUCAACAGGGUAUAAAGAGGCACAAGAACCAGAUAUGACUUCUGAGGACUUAGAGCUGUCCCACCUGCUCUGUGAGAGUCUCCUGGUUUCAGACACACAGAUCAACCCCGGAGGAGAGGAGGCGGCCCUAAUCGCCUGCAGCCGACUGCGCCACACAGUGGAUACCCUCCUAGAGCUGCUAAAUCAGGCCAACACACAGCUGGAGCAGACUCAUAACAUCCACUUAUCUCUGGAGGAAAGGUUCUCUCAAGGCCAAGAAGAUUCAGCCCAACUCGUUGAACAGCACAAGCUCCUGUUGGUGCAGUUUGAGCAGGAGGUGAAGUUAAAGAGUCAGCUGGCGCUGGAACUCCACAAGGCUGAAGGGCUCCUGGAUGGCUACGUAGCCGAAAAGGAAGCUCUAGAGGAGGCCCUGCUGCAGAAGGAGGCGCAAGAGGAGAGAUUAGUGGAGGAGCUGGAGGAUCUCAGGAGGAAGGCGCACCAGAUGGAGGGCCUCGGUGCGGAGCUGCACAGCCUGAGAGCGAAACACCAGGAGCUCAGUGAGGAGCACGCCAUGCUCUUACGUCAGAAGGAGCAUCUCUCCGCCGGCCUCGGGGAGAGGGAGAAAGCUCUGCUCACGGAGACUGAGCGUUUGACCCAAGACAGGCUGGACUUGCAGCGGCAGGCCGAGAAGGACCACAGCUCCCUGUCACAGCGCCUCAGGGCCCUGGAGAGAGACCUAGAGGAACAGGAAACAAAGGGCCUGGAGAUAGAGCUGCACCACAAGACUCACACCGAAGACCUCAGCCAGCAGGUGCAAGCGCUGGAGAAACAGCUCAAACACAAUCGGCAGUUCAUUGAGGAACAAGCCGUUGAGCGUGAGCAUGAAAGAGAUGAAUUCCAGCAGGAGAUUCGACGGCUGGAGAGUCAGCUCAGGCAGACGGCCGGUGGCGAUGUCAAAGUGCACAGGUUUGAGGACUUGGUUCUGCAGGUGGAGAAUCUACAAGCGAUCAUCAAAGACAAGAUGGAGGACCACGCCUCCUCAGUGGCGGCCAAUCAGCAAGCACAGCGGGAACUUGCAAAGCGUAACGAGGAGAUAGACAAGCUAGCCGGGCGAAUCCGAGAGCUUGAGCAAGCACUGCUCAAUAGUGUCGAGUGCAACAGAUCCGUCGGUCAGCUUGAACAAGAGCUCCACCGGGCAAAGCUGAGGGAAGAGGAGCUCACGCAAGAUAAGCAAGCACUAGAGCAGCAGCAGUUGUCCAACAGGCUGCAAAUAUCAGCACUGCAGUCCAAACUGGAUGAGACUAGGCACUGUUAUCAUGACAACACACGUGAACCCACCCAAGAGCUGAGGGAUGCUCUGGACACUGCACAGCAAAGCCUACACAGCAAAGAACAGGAGGUGGAACUCCUACUGAGCCAACUGGACAAUGUGCAGAGAGACUUGAGCAUUAAAGAGGUGGAGUUGAAACACCUCACGCUACAGCUGGAGCGGCUAACCAAUGAGAAUGCUGCCCAUGUUCAUGAACUUCAGGAGCAGAUUGAAGCCCUCAAGGAGAACGUGUCCACCCUUACCAUACUGGUAGAGGAAAAAGAGGCACAAAGAAAGGUGGAAGACCAAGUGGAGGAAAGCCUCCCAUCCGCUUUACUGAAGGAGAAAAACCAUGAGAUUGACCACCUCAACAGUGAGAUCCAAAGGCUGGAACAGGAGCUGGAGAACACCAGGGACAACAAGGAGUUGGAGUCUGACCUUCACGAUUUGAGCUCACAAGUUGAGCAUCUUCAGUCAGAAAUUUCUCGGUUGCGCCAGGACAAACGAGAAGAGGAGGAGCGCCUUCACGAGGUCAUCAGCACGCUACAGGCAGAGCUCUCUAUGCUUGGGGCCAACGUGCACGAAGUCAGCGACUCUCAGGAUGGUGACAGCAUCAACCCCUCGCCAGCUCCCAGCCCGGAACCUCGCCACUUCGCCCUCCAGGAGCCAGAGAGGCGAGGCAAGCCCAACAGCCUGAAACAAGAGCUCAAUCUGACCUCCUCUCAGUCCCUUCGAUCACGCCUCAAAGCCCUUCAGAGUCAGCUGGAGACGAUGGCAGCGGAGAAAGAGAGCUUAGAGCAUUUGCUGCACACCCAGGAAGAGGAGUACAGAGGACACGGGGAAGAGUUUGGGCGAAGGCUGUCAGCUGAAAGGGGGAAGGCCGAUGAGCUCAAAGUACUCCUCGCUCUCAAGGAGGCCGAGCUGGUGGAACUCAAAGCUCAGCUGGAAGAGGCGAGGGAGGAGCUAAAAGUAUCUGAGGAUGAGAGGAACGAUUUCAGACUACAAGCUCAGCAGGUGCAAGAAGAGAGAGUGCACCUCAGCGCUUUGGUUACUGAACUUCAAGCGAAGGAACAAAACAUGGUCAAAGAGGUUGAAGAUUUAAAAACAAAAGAGCAGGAUAUAAAAAAUGAAAUGAUGGCGCUGCGAGAAAGCAGCCUCACUUUGGAGGCACAAGUCCAGAGGCUACAAGCCGAUAUCUCGGACAGGGAGGAGGGUGUGGCCAAGGAGAGGGCGAGGAUGGAAACACUUGUGACCGUGAAGGCUGAGCUGUCAGCCGAACAUGAAGCGCUCAGGAGGAGGGAAGGGCAGCUCCAGGAGGAAGUCGAAAAGCUCAGACAGGAAGUUGCUUCCCUGCUGGGCCAUAUCGAGGACCUGACGGCGCGGCUCCAGGAGAGGGAAUCAAGUCGAGAAGAUGCUCAAAAGGAAGUAUUGACGCAUGCCGAGGAGACUCUGGCUAAAACGGAUGCUGCCUUAAGACUGAGAGAGACGGAACUGGCUAGACUGGGGGUGGAGCAUCAGGCCCUGAGGGCAGAGUUGACAGCAGUCAAACAAUGCUUAAGCACCAGCACCCAAAGAGCUGAAAAACUACUUGAGGAAGGACAGAGUAAAGACCGGGCCCUAGCCAACUUGGAGAAUGACAACCACCUCCUGAAAGUGGAGCUUCUACGUCUGCAGGAGGACCUGGCCUUGCAGGAGGAGACACUGGCCCAUCAGCAAAGACAACUACCGCAAAUCAGACAACACAGUCUCCAGAUAGACACGCUUACUCACCACAAGGGAUGCUCACCCAGGGAUAUUUCACAGAGAACUUUCGAGGAAGCCGUGAGCUCCUACCGUGACAACACCUUGCUGAGCUCUCCGGAGGUACUGCGUCGUCUGGAACACUCCGAAGACUUAAUCCAAGAACAGUUCCAUGCUUCGGUUCUGUGCUCUCAUGUGUCGGAGCUGAGCGCACUCACUACCACAGACCUGGACCACCUCCGGGCCAACAAGUCUCCCGUGGUCACCAUGGAGCCGCCUCUCUCCAGGACAAUCACCCCUGACCCGGCUACGCAGAGCACCCACUCCCCGCGGUCUCUCUCCGUCUCGGAUAACUUCUCCAUGGUGGACUCAGUCAGUGCAGAUAAUGUGUGUGAUCUGGAAGAACUCGACGUAACGGAGCCUCCAUCGCCACUCGGCUCCACCUCUUCCUUAUCUGCACCGGAGUGGGCCAGCGACGGAUACGGCAGCAAUGUGAGCUCUGACUUGGGUGCCAGGCUGAGAGUGGAGCUAGACCAGACCGAGAGGCUGGAUGCUCAGUUUGUGGAGUAUCUCCGCUGCAGGGGUAUGAACCCCACUGCUAACACUGACAGUGCUGCAGGCAGCAUGAGCUACAGUGAUGACCUGCUGUCUCCAGAGCUUCAGGCGCUGUUGAGGAAAGUGUACCAGGAAAGCUGCAGAAUACUCACCCUGUCGCAGCGACGUGCCCCGCUGUAUGUCCAGGAAUUAAAUGCAAUCUCACAGCUUCAUGAGGACGAGGGCCCCACUUUACUGAACCAGGGGGACAAAUCCUCCUCAGAGCCCCCCAUGAGCUGGCAGCAGGAGAAGAGGGCACUGCAGGAGACAGUGAUCGCACUGCGGGAGCUGCUAUGUAGGAUGGCGCAGAGACGCACAAACACUGCCUCCAGAAGCGAUGGUGACAGAGAGCAGCUACAGACUGAAUCUCAAACCAGAGCACAGCUGCUGGAGGACAGCCAGAAACAGCUCAAAUGUGCACACGAGACUCAGCAGGAGCAAAAGAACAAAAUACUGUCACUCAGGUUGACUAUAGAAGAGUGUGAGGAGGCGUUGCGCAAAGAGCAGACUCGAGUCCAGGAUCUUCAGCAGCAGUUGGAGCAGGAACGAGCGAUCUGUGUGCGGCAAGAGAGAGAGGUGGAGCAAAAGUUAGAGGUUAUGCGAACGUCUUCUGAACAGCAGAGGUCAGAGUUGAUGGCCCUUAACGGUCAGGUGGAGCAGGAGAGGGUGGCAUGUAGCAACCUGAGACGAGAGCUCCAGAUAGAACAGUCCCGCAGCGUUCUGCUGGAGAAACGUUUGGACGACUCCCAGAAGGAACUGGAAGACGAACGCCAGCACUCCACCGAUCAACAUGAGCUCCACAUGCAGGAGAAGACUCACUUUGAGCGCAUGUUAACCGAAUCAGAGUCUCGUCUGUUCGAUGUCCGCUCAAAGCUGGCCGACGCCCACCGGAUGCUGGAUGAGGAGCGGGACCGCUGCACCAAACAGCUGGCAAUCAGCCGCAGGCACGAAGAAGAUGCAGCAAGAGAAGGGAAGUUCAUAUCCGACCUGCGCUCGCAGCUGGAGCAGGAGCGAAGGCAAAAGGAGGAGCUGGCAGGCGUGGUGGAAAAGCUCAAAGUGGAGCUUCUGCAGAGCAGGAGGCAAUGGGAACAAGACAAGAGCAGGGAGGAGAUCUAUAGAGAGGAGGCCGCCACCCGGCAUCGCUUGGCUGUUGAGGCCUUGACCGAGCAGAAAGAGGAGGUCGGCCGUGCUUUGGAAUCAGAGCGAGAGCGGUCGAGGCGCCAAGCGGCGGAGCUCGCAGAGCUGAAGAACAAGGAGCGGCAGAAAGAGGAGGCAUGGGAAAGGGAGAGGAGGAAGGGCUGGCAGGAGCAGAUGGAGCGGGAUAGACGACAGGAAAGGACCACCAACAAACUGCACGACUUGGAGUUGUUGAGGCAGCAGGACAAGCAGCGCUUGGACGAGCUGCAACGUACUCUGACGGAGCUCCAAAGGGAGGAGAAAGAGAUGGCUGCCCAGAGGAUGUCUGGACUAAGUGGCGAACGCCAUCAGACUGACCAGACUGAUGUCGCCAAUGUUGGGGGCUCCCAGCAAAGCCAACAGAGCCCGUCCAUUGCAUCAUCCAGACUACUGGAGAGGACAGUGAGCGAGAACUCUGAGCUAACACAGCGUGUGACAUUGCUGAGUCAGGAGAGAACCGCCCUCAAGCACAAACUCUCCUACAUGGAGCGUCAGCUGCGCCGCGCCGAGAACGAACUCCUCAACGUUGCCACGGAGAGAGAAAACAUACCCAUCAGCGACAUGGCCCACCACAACAAGGUGCAGCGUUUGUACGAGCGCUACCUGCGCGCUGAGAGCUUCCGUAAAGCUCUGGUGUAUCAGAAACGUUACCUACUACUCCUGCUGGGAGGAUUCCAGGACUGUGAGCAGGCCACUUUGUGUUUGAUCGCCAACAUGGGGGCACGGCCCUCACCCUUUCCUUUAUUUCGAAGACCACUUGGAAGAUUUAGGGCCGCAGUGCGAGUGGUCAUCGCCAUCUCGAGGAUGAAGUUUUUGACCAGGAAAUUCCAGAAAGCCAUCAGAAGAUUAUCCGUGUGUGGGACUGUUAAUGGACAUGCUUCAGGGUUGAAAGCAGAUGUUGUAUGUCAGCAGCAGCAGUCACGCUUGAAUUCAGAGUCGCCACCAAACAGAGAUACCGUGUCUGCUCUUGUACCACCCAGCAAAUCACCCUUCAGGGUGUGCAACAGGUCCUACUCCAGCUCAACCCUAACCUUGGGCGCAGUGUCUCAGGAUCCAGAAAGAUCCCUAACUGAAUACAUCCAGAACCUAGAGAAAGUCCAGCAGCGGUUGGUGGGCUCCAAGCAAGGUUCUUCUUUUCCCCAAGACCACAAGAAGUCGGACCACUAAAACCACCAAACUUACCUAUGCCUUACAUCCAUGUAAUAACCAAUAUUGCAUGUCUUUUUUUAUGUCUUGUAAUUUUUAUGUGUUCUUAUACUGUAAGUACCUCCAAUGUUAUGAAGGCCAAAAUGUUUUUGCCAUCAUUUUUAAAUAGUGUUGUAUUUUUUUACUAAUGUUUUACAUCACUAUAUGUGCUAUGUCAUGUAUGGUUUUGCACUGGAAAAUCUUCCUUGAUCAACAUAGCUGGGUGUACAUUGUUCCGACCAUUUAUUUCUUUUUGUAUCUGUAGUAUUUCUACUGUUAAGAUAAUAAAUACUUUAA